AUGUCAACUGUGGCGGCUCUUCAGAUGUACUGGCAGGACAUUUACAAGUAUGUUCAAGACACAACCACCCUCGGGAAAGCAGGAGUUGUCUUCUUGGCAUCAGCGUCAAUACUGACAUUUCUACACAGGUUAAUGUAUGGGACCAAAUCUCCCCCUGGUCCCUGGGGACUACCUAUUGUAGGCCAUCUGCCUUUUCUCGGUAAAACACCAUAUCAGACUUUUAUGAAGAUGAGAAAGAUCUAUGGAGAUCUCAUCAAAUUACAGUUUGGAGCAUGGCCAACAGUAGUGAUUCAUGGGAAGCUCAUCAAGGAGGCACUUUGUACCAAGGGUGAUGCUUUUUCUGGUCGACCACAGUUCUUCUCGUCAGUUUCCGUUCAAAAUGGCAAAAGUUUAUCGUUUGGAAAAUUCGACAUGUCCUGGAAACUGCAUAGGCGUAUAGCACAUAAAUCCUUCCAAGCGUUCGCUAAUGCAAGAAAGAAUCCGGUUGAGGAAAUUAUAUGCGAGGAGGUCAGUAAUAUUUUGAAGGAGUUCAAUGGCUACAACGGCCAGGCCUUUGACCCAAACGAUCAUAUUUACAUUGCAAUGGGCAGUGUGAUAUAUCAGAUAUGUUACGGAAGGAAAGGCAACGUCAGAGCAGACAAGGACUUCUGCGAGUACAUUCUACACACUCAAGACUUUUCUACAUUUGUUACUGCUGGGAAUCCAGUUGAUAUUUUCCCAUGGCUUAGGCACUUUAUGACGAAGAGGGUGAACGAGUUCAAAGAUCUUCUAUCGAGGGGACAUCUCAUCCGUAGAAAGAGAAUUCAGGAUCACCUGGAAACAUUCUCCGCUGACUAUCUCCGGGAUGUCACAGACAGUCUAAUUAAAGAGUCUAAACGGAUAACAGAAACAGACAAGGCAAAUGGUAUGAGUGAAGAACGGCUUCAGGACACGAUCGGAGAUCUGUUUGCUGCUGGGUUCGAUACAGUGGCUACUACGACUAUGUGGACAAUCCUUCUACUUGCAAAGACGCCACGAGUCCAAAAGAAAAUACAGGAGGAAAUUGACAAUGUCGUAGGUAUGUCCAGACACCCAACAUUGGCUGAUAGACGUAACAUGACGUACACCGAAGCAACCGUUCAUGAAAUUCUAAGAAUCAUCAACCUCACACCACUCUCUCUACCCCACGCAACGACUGAGGAUGUCGAACUGGCUGGUUACACCAUCAAGAAGGAUACUCUUGUGUUUCUCAAUCUAUUUUCACUGAGUCAUGAUCCGGAGGUCUGGGGGGACCCUGAUGUAUUCCGACCAGAGCGUUUCCUGAAGGAGGAUGGUCAGAUCGACACUCGUCUCCUGGACACGUACCUUCCGUUCUCAGCAGGACGUCGAAAAUGCUUGGGGGAAUUCCUAGCAAGGAUAGAGCUCUUCUUAAUCAUUUCAGGUUUCCUACAAAGAUGUACCUUUGUCAAACCUAAAGAUGUGAAAGAGUACACAAUGGGUUGUAAAUUUGGGUUGAACAUGAAACCUCUUCCGUACAAAGUUGAGAUUCGAUAUAGGAUCUAG